CUUUAUAUCUUCCCUUACAACCCUCUUAAAAAACUCCUCUGAAUCUCUCAAAUUUCAUGGCAUCUUCAGCUUCUGCUAGCUCAACUACUACUAUAAAUUCUCUAUCUAACCUCUCUCUCCCAACCCAAAUCAUGACUUUCUCUUCUCCUUCUUUUACUGAUCUUGUUUCUGGUAAUAACAAAUAUAUGGACAACCUAAGCUGGGGACUUUAUGAAUAUGGAACUAAUGAUAGAAAUGGAAUUGAAAUCCCGAACUUCAAGUCAUUUCAACCUCCUUCACUCCCUCUAUCUCCUCCCCCAGUUUCUCCUUCUUCUUACUGGGCCAUUCCUCCUCGUUUAAGCCCAACUGAGCUCUUGGACUCACCUGUACUUUUCCCUACUUCCUAUGCUCUUGCAUCUCCAACAAGUGGGUUUUUUGCUGGUCAAACCUUCAACUGGAGAAGUAAUUCUAAUGACAAUCAGCGAGGUGUUAGCGGAGAAGAGAAAGACUGCAGUGAUUUCUCUUUCCAAACCCAAACAAGACCUCCUACAAUUUCAUCAUCAUCAUCAUCCUUGUUUCAAUCUUCUUCAAACAGUGUUGUAGUGGAGAAAUCACUGAAGAGGAAACAUGAAGAAUGGAAAUUUAACCAGUCGAAGCAAACUGACUUUUCAUUAGAUCAGAAAACAGGAGUGAAAUCAGUAUCUGCACCAGUUCAGAGUUUCUCCUCAGAAUUGGUUCCGCUACAAGCAAACAUGCAAAACAGCACUGCUCCUCAACCAAGUUACAACCAAUACAAUCAAGCAGGUCAUUAUAUGAGGGAGAAUGGAAGGUCAGAGGAUAGAUACAAGUGGAGAAAAUAUGGACAAAAACAAGUUAAAGGAAGUGAGAAUCCGAGGAGUUACUAUAAGUGCACAUAUCCGAAUUGCACAACGAAGAAAAAAGUGGAGAGGUCUUUGGAUGGACAGAUUACUGAAAUAGUUUAUAAAGGAAGUCACAACCAUUCCAAGCCUCAGUCCACUAGAAGAUCAUCCUCUCAAUCAGUUUAUCCUUCUGGAGGUGCCAACUCUGAAAUCUCUUAUCAAUCAGGAGCACCAAUGGAGUCUGGCAUGAUGCAGGAGGACUCUUCGAUUUCACUUGGGGAGGAUGAUAUUGACCAUAGCUCACCGAUUAGCAAUUCUGGAGGAGAGGACAACGAAAACGAACCUGAUGCCAAAAGAUGGCUGGGACAGAACGAAAAUGAGAGUAUUUUAGGUGCUGGAAGUAAAACUGUUAGAGAAUCUAGAAUUGUGGUUCAAACAACAAGUGACAUUGACAUACUUGAUGACGGCUAUAGAUGGCGAAAAUACGGGCAGAAAGUCGUCAGGGGAAAUCCAAAUCCAAGGAGCUACUACAAAUGUACAUCUGCUGGUUGUCCUGUGAGAAAACAUGUAGAGCGAGCAUCGCAUGAUUUGAGAUCUGUGAUUACAACUUACGAAGGAAAACACAACCAUGAUGUUCCAGCUGCCCGGGGCAGGGGCAAUGUGAACAAAGCUCCAUCCAAUGCUAACAGCACUGCCAAUGCUCCGAUCCCUAUAAGGCCUUCUGUCAUGGCCAGUCAUUCUAACCAGACACGUUAUCAUCCAAACUCCCUUCACAGCACAAGAUUAUUGCCAACAUCAGGGAGUCAAGCACCAUUUACCCUCCAAAUGUUACAGAGUCAAGGGAGUUUUGAAUACUGAGGUUUUGGAAAGCAGACCAGCACCUACAUGAAUCAAACACAGUACUCUGAGGGUGUCUUCCCUAAAGCCAAGGAAGAGCCUCCUAAGCUAAAAAUGACUUUAACGCUUGAAAAGAGAGCAACAGAAAAAACAUUUUCAAUUAGAUAUGUUUGUGUUAGUGUAUAUUGAUAUAGAUUUAGUGCAUUUUUUAAUUUGUUUUUGGGGGGCCCUUUGAAGCUCAGUAGACUACUCCCAUGUAUCAUUGUUUAAGGUUAUUUAAGAAGAGAGCUAAAUGUUCAUUUUUUGUA